GAAUUUUCUAGAGCAACAUCAUGCCGAUGUACAGAUUUGAAGGUGAUGUGAACAUACAUUGUAUUUACUCGCCUGGGACAUGGCUUUCCAAUCGAGACGAAGUGUAUUUGACCGUUGAAAUCUUUGGAAUCACUAAACGAACACGUUUACAUAAGGCUGCCUUCCCGAUUCUCAUCCAUGAAAAGUUUUCAUUUGAUAAGACUUUUUAUACGGCUCUUUCUGCCAGCAAUGUGGUGGAUAGGUUAGAAGAUCACACGGUUACAAUCGAAAUAAGACAAAUCACUGAUAUUUUCCUUGGAGGAACACUUCUGGCCCAUUACACAACGAACGCCAGGGAAUUUUUCACUCCAUGUUCAAAAAUGUGUCAGAGAACACUCCCCAAGAGAGAUUUGUUGAUGAUGAAGACUGUUGAUUUCCUGGGUGUCUCGCCAAGAUUGGAAUAUUCUGUUAGUUCUGUUAUCAAAUGUCAUUCAGCUUCUUGCUAUUGCACUUGCUACUAUACUUCUCCACAGUGCUGCUGUUACGAUCCGUGUCUUUACAGGCCAUUAACACCAACGCCAAGCUAUCAUCGAGCCACAGUGAAUAGUGCUUUAAGAUGUCGUUAUCCUGAAAUUAAUGAUUCAAAAUACUAUGUAGAAUCUGAUACAGCUAAUCAUAUUGCGAAAUCGAAAAGUGCUUCAAGAACUUCCAGAAGUCCAAGAAGAAAGACUAAUGCAGGUGGGCAAUAUUCGUAUAGAUCUCAAUAUCGACCUAGAUCAUUAUCUGCACGAGCAUAUCAAAGUUGCUGUGAAACUUCGCCUAUUAAUUCAUAUUCUACAUGGGAUCUUCGUGAACGAACUAUUCGUGAUGCACAAGAUCGUAGCGAUCGUUAUUGGCAUUUGUAUAGAUUUUGGCAAAAUGAAUAUGAUCGAUUACGUUUACAAAGAUGUUGA